AACUGAGUGGCACAUGACCCCGCAAACCGUAAAUGCUUACUACAACCCCACUCAGAACGAAAUUGUAUUUCCAGCAGGAAUCAUCCAGCCCCCCAUGUACAACAAAGAUGCUGCUGUUGCUUCAAACUUCGGUGGUAUUGGAGCUGUUAUCUGUCAUGAGAUAACUCAUGGUUUCGAUGAUAAAGGAGCAAAGUUUGAUCACGCGGGAAACUUGGCACAAUGGUGGACUGAGGAAGACGAGAAGAAGUUCAACGAGUGCUCUGAAAAACUCAAGGUUCAUUUUGAUGAGUACCAAAUUUAUGGCAUGAACGUAAAGGGAGAUCUCUGUUUGGGUGAAAACAUUGCAGAUUUGGGAGGACUGAGCAUAUCUCUUGAAGCUCUUGCUGGCAUGAUGGAAGAAGAGAACCGUUCUGAAGAGGAGAAGAGAGAAGAAAUGAAGAAGGUUUUCUACGCAUGGGCUGUUAUCUGGAGGAAUAAUAUCAAAGAAGAGGAAGCAAAGAGAAGAAUCAUCAUGGAUCCCCACAGCCCGGGACAUCUUAGAGUGAACGGUAUAGUAAAGAAUGUGGCUCAGUUUUAUGAUUUGUUUGAUGUUAGUUCCGAAGAUCCAAUGUUCCUUGAGGAUGCUAAGAGAUCUAAGAUUUGGUAAAAUUUACGUUUAGUGCAAUUCAGGGAAAAUAUCUAAUUUUGGAAUUAAAGGUUCAAUUAUAAAAAUUGAAUUACGUUUAAACUUCAGAUAUAUUAUUAAUAUAUAAAUGUGUAGUCCUAAUUUGAAAUGCGUGUUCUUUCAAGGAUCCCGUUUUUUAUAAACUACAUUUUUAGUUGUGGUAUAAUAUGAUGUGCUGUGCACUUAUUGGUUGUUUCUUGUUACUGCAUCAGUUUAUAUUUAGGUAGCUUUCAUUAAGUUAAAGUUGUUAUUAAUAGGACGUGUUUCUUAGAAUUUCGUGUUAUAUUAGCGACCAGAGAAAUGCCAUUGUUGGACGUGAGGACUCCUCAAACUACAUUAAAUUAAGUCCUUCUGUAACGUCCUGAAGAAAUAUAGUUACGAAAACAAAAUUUACUAAACAUUUUAAAACAUUAUAAUAUUGUAUAUUAUGCAAGUUUUGUAUGUAUUAUACCAAUUGUAACCCUUCAUUGACCCUUCAUCAAUGACGUUAUCAAAAUUGUAUUUCUUCUUUAAAAUAAAUCAUUAAAAUUUCAUGAUUAUAAUUUUGAUUUUUUUAAUGUUUCUUCGCAAAAUGCAUCAACAUUCACAAAGUAAUUGUAUAGAUCUUAUGAUAUUGUUUAACAACCUAUUUAUCCCAGAUUUAGGCCCAAUGAAAUUAUAGUAGUGCACCAUCAUGGCCAGUCCACGCUCGAGGCGGCUCUUGGGAGAGCUCCGACCCCGAGACUCCAACAACCUAUGUUUCGAGUGCAACACCAGGAACCCUCAGUGGGCUAGUGUGUCCCUCGCCAUCUUCAUCUGCUUGGAAUGUUCUGGAAAACAUCGAAGUGUUGGAGUUCACCUGUCUUUCGUGAGAUCUCUCACUAUGGACAAGUGGAAGGACACCGAGCUGGCCAAAAUGAAAGUUGGUGGGAAUGAUAAAGCUAGAAAGUUUUUAGAGUCCCAACCUGGCUGGAGCUCAACCAUGCCUAUUACUCAGAAAUACAACACUCCAGCCGCAGAGCUGUGGCGGGACAAGGUGAAGUGCGAGAGCGAGGGGCGACCCUGGGAUCCCUCAACAGCCAAAGUUUCCUCGUCUUCAUCUUCAAUGUAUCGUGCCAAAGAAAACAGAUCUUCUCCAGCUCUACUUCAAGGUCACGACGAACCAUCCACUAAAUCAAAUCUAAGUGCGAGAGACACAUCAUCCAACCACUCGUACUCAUCAAACAGCUACAACAACAUCAGUAACCAGUCAUCCUACAAUGGAGGUGGUAACAGCGGAGGAGGAGGUUACAACAACAGCAGCUCCGGCGGCUUCCAGAGUGGGAACAACAGCUCCGAGGUGUACACGUACGGAGGGAACACUCAACUACAGGCACGUGAUCAGUUCCUAGCUAACAAGAUGGAGCAGAACCAGGGCCGAGCUGAUAAUCUUCCUCCUUCCCAGGGAGGCAAGUAUGUAGGAUUCGGCAGCACACCUGCCCCACAGCCCCAAGCUAACAAUGAGUAUAUUGAUACUUUGUCAUACUGGGGCUCUGCGCUGGCUACCGGCGCGUCAUCUCUAGCACGUGCUGCAGGUUCCAAAGCAUUGGAAGUGAACGAAAACUACAUCAAACCCACUGCAGCUAAAGUUGUUGACCCCGCAUUCCAGUCGAACAUGAAGGCGUCCCUAAGCAACAUGUCCACUAAAGCCGCUCAGUUGGGUUCUCAAGGAGCCACCCUUAUUGCCAGUUACUCUGAGAAAGGCUGGAAUAGUGUGAACGAUAAGUACAACAAGGGUUACGGCUACGGUAACAGCGUGGGUAGCAACAACAGUUACAGUAACUCCAGUACUGGGUUUGGGAACACAGGUGGAGGGGAUGGAGGAGGAGGUGGAGGGGGUGGAGGAGGAGGAAGUUACCAGAAUAACGCUAUGGGCGACCCCACCAGUCUCUCCUCCAACAUGGGAAACAUGUCCGUCAGUGACCCUUACUCCUCCAGCAACUCCUACAGCGCUAGUAGCAACUCUCAAUACAGCUCCGGGGUGACCAACAGGGGCCCCGCAAACCAGGACAUCUUCGGGCUGGAUCCCAACUCCAAGAAACAGGAAGCACCAGGAGAUCUGGACGAGUGGCUGAACGACGGGUGGGACGAGGAUUGGAAAGCGGAGAGCAAGCCGAGGAGUCGGAGGAAGAAGACAGGUGGUAAAGGGGACUAGUGUUUGUGUAGUGGUGUUACUGAUACUUGUGUGGUGAUGAGAGGGGACUCUCCGGGAAUUAAUUUGGGGACUGGAACUCGUCGUCUUCUUGCAUGGUUAUUCUAGCGCAUGCUCUUUUCUCUGAGGUGGUACUUUUGUUCGUGUGACGUCACGUGACGUGUGUGAUUUAGAUAGCUGGUCCUUUCGAUGUCUUGAUUUUUAUUAAUGGGGUAAAUUAGAGAAUCGAUAUCUACGACUUGAUUAAAUUUGUAAUGAAUUAAAUAAUACUAAAUUGUCUCUAGCGAACUAUACUAUGUCAAAAUUGUUUUCAAAAAUUAUCGAUCUUUAGCUUUUGCUAUGGAUUAUCUUUAUUUCCGUUUAAAUAUAAUAUAAUGCGCUUUUUAAAAUAACUGUCCUGUCUUUGAUGGAAUGUUUUGACCUAACAAGUUUUCUUUAAAUUAUUGAAUGAUUUCAUUAGUUGUUGCAGUUAUUAAUUGUUUUGCCCAUCAAAGUACAUACAGUAUACACCUUUAGGCAAACAAUGCAAAUUAGGUGAAUCUAUUUUAAUUAAACGAUCAAUAGUUCUGAUUUGAGAGCUCAGAGUUUAUAGAUGUUGGAGAGGGAAUGCUUGUCGAAUAUUUAAUAUCCACCAUUCAAACUUAACGCACUGUAAAAUUCCCACGUGACUCAGGUCGUGUAAAUCCGAUGUAUUAUAGCCCAAUACAUAAUGCUGUGAACGUUUGUGAUAUUGAUUAUUUUCAACCUGCUAA